CUCGCCACUCCGGGUACUGAUGCCCGCCGCGUUCUAAUUAUCGGCGGAGGCAUCGUCGGGUUGUGCACUGCUUGGACGCUGCUCGAUAGCGGCUUCCGGGUCACUGUACUAUCCGAGCAGUUCGCCUCUCGUGACGGUCUACGCCUUACGUCCCAAAUUGCAGGUGCCUUAUGGGAGUAUCCUCCUGCAGUGUGCGGCCACACCUCGGACGCGACGGCCCUAGAGAGCUCAAAGCGUUGGGCCAUGAUCUCCUACCACGUCUACAAGCACAUGGCCGCGAACCCCGUUUUGCGCGAGCAGUUCAGCGUUCAGAUGCGCGAGACGGUCUUCUUCUUCAAGGAGAGCAUCAAGAACGACCCGGACCAACUGCGCAAGAUGCGUGAGCUGGAGCGCAGCGGCGUCGCCGGCUUCCGCCAUGACACGAGCGCGGUGCAUGAGUUCGGCCUGGACAAGGACACCUGGGUCGAUGCGUAUGAGGUGCUCUCGCCGCUCAUCGACACAGACAAGGCCCUUUCGCGCAUCACGAAGCUCGUCGAGGACAAGGGUGCGGAGUUCGUCUACGAGUACCUCGCUGGGGACCUGCUCCCGCAAGAACAGGCGUUGCUCUUGAAGCACGACGCCGAUGCCAUCGUGAAUGCCUCCGGUCUGGGCUCCUUCGCUCUCGCGAACGACGACAAGGUGUAUCCGCUCCGCGGGGCCGUCUUGCGCCUCCUCAACGACGGCCAGAAAUUCGAGAAGAUCAAAAAGGCACUUGUCGUGAGCGCGACCGCCAACGGGCACGUAAAGUCUGACUUCAUCUUCAUCGUCCCGCGCAACGAGAACAUCCUGUACGUCGGCGGCUUCUCCGAGCCGGACGAGACAGACCGCAUCGGCGAGGACCACGAGAACGUCAAGAAGAUGGCAAGCGAUGCAAGGGACUUUCUGCCCGAUCUCGACACGGACCACCGCGACCCCGCGUACCCGCUCGCACAGGGCCUGCGUCCCGCACGUAUCGGCGAUGUGCGCGUCGAGCGCGAGCUUCGUCCCCCCGCAUCCGACGGGACGGGAUACAGCCGCAUCGUGCACUGUUACGGGCACGCAGGCGCGGGCUGGUCACUCGCAUUCGGAAGCGCACUAGAGGUGAAGACUCUCGUGGAGGACGCGCUGGACCAGCUGAAGCCCACGCCGAUGAAGGACGCGGCUGCGAGCUCGGUGUCGUGUGCACAGGUG